AUGGCCGCCCGCGCUGCCCGACUAGCGAGGACAGCAGCGCGCACCACACGAAUAGCGAGACCGGACAUCCCGCCGGCCGCGGUCGAAGCCCACGCCGCCGCCGUGGCACGAGGCCUCCAGACCUACGACGACCCGACCACGGGCUACACGGUCUUCACGGAGCUGGCCCAUCGAGCGCGCGGCGGCUGCUGCGGUAGGAUGUGCCGGCACUGCUGCUACGGCUGGCGCAACGUCCGCGGCUUCUCCACAGAGAAGACGACGGACAAUGUCCGCGCCUUUGCCACCGAGAAGCCGACGAGAGCGUCGCGCGUCUACACGCGCAAGGGCGACGGCGGCCGCGCGCGGUUGGUCGGGUCGCGAGACGCGGAGACCCCAAAGUUCGCCACGGUCUACGAGGCCGUCGGCGACGUCGAUGAGUUGGGCGUCAAAUUGGGUAUCGCGGCCUUCCACACGACUGUUGAAGAGGGCGGUGUGGAUGUGCGGUCGCGUCUCCUAAAAACGCAGGCGCUGUUGUUGGAUGCCGGCGCGACUUUAACAGUCGUGGACCGGAGCGGCGACGGCGCGUACGCGAGCGCGGCGCGGGACGCGUUUGAUGAUGCCGAGAUCGCGGCCCUCGAGGAGGAGGUCGACGCCCUGGACGCGGCGCUGCCGCCCCUCAAGAAUUUUGUCGUGGCCACGGGUCCUUUAGCUUGUCUUGCGUUGCACGACGCGCGCGUGGUCUGUAGAAGGGCCGAGCGCCACGUCUGGCGGCGGGCCGAGGAAUUGAGGAAGGAGCAGUUGGCGGACGACGCCGCGCGCGUGGCGGCGGUGGCCAAGUUCCUGAACCGGCUCUCGGAUUAUCUGUUCGUGGCGGCGCGCGGCGCGGCGGCGACGGACGUGGUCUACGACGUGUCGGCGAACGUGCGGCGGAGAAGGCGGGAGAAGGAGGAUGAGAAGUAA